CCACACACUCAAAUAACUGAAUACACACGCAAUAGUACUGGGUAUUAGCCACCCUCAGUCUGGAAGCGGCAAGUGUGUUGUGAGACAGUGUCGUGUCGCCUUGGUGCCAUACACGACCAGUGGAAGAAAAGUGACCAUGCCAGAACAAGCAGUAAUCGCCCAGGAGUCCCCCAGUACACCACCACCCUCCCCACAACGCCAGCUCGUAGAGGAGAACCGCGCGUUACGAGAUGAAGGUCUAUGCAAGGUCUGUCUGGACAAGACCAGUUGUGUUCUGUUUCUACCGUGUGCCCAUCUUGUCACGUGCAUGGACUGCGCACCUGCACUGCGCAAGUGUCACGUGUGCCGGGCGCUCAUACGUGGUACUGUGAGAGUGUACAAUGAAUGAGAUGUGAAUCAUGAAGAGGUCUCAUAAUUAAAAUUGAGCUACAAAGGCGUCAUUGUGCCUUUCAGAACAUUUGCGUGUAUCUUUUAACUAAAGUAUUUAGUUAUAACAUUAAUAUUAUUAAAUACAAUUCGUGUACAAAGCUUAUUUGGUUUUUAAUUCAAAAUAAAAUAAACGUCUUCAGAG